AUGGGCCUCCUUGAGCACAGCCGGCCAGCGCCGCCACCCGCAUCACCGGCCAUCCUAGGUGAGCCUCCCCCUCUGCUCCUCCUUCCGCGCGGCCGGGCCAAGCUCCGCCCGACCGAGACCACAUCUGCCGCGCAGCGUCGCCGCCCCUCUGGUCGCGCAGCGUCACCGCACGUGUUGCCGUCGUGUGUACUGGUCCGCCAGUGCUUCACCGCCCCGGCCAACCUCCUCUCUUCCAGGCACGCCACCCUCUCCAGCUCCCUCCUCCCCUUGCUCGGCCGCCGCCCAGCGCAGCCGCCGUGCACGCCGCACUCUUGGUCGCGCCGCGUCGUGCCAUCGCCGCCCGCAGCUGGCCCGCCGCCAGGUCGCCGCGCACACCAUCUCUCCAUCUCCUCCGGCUGCUCCGCGUCGUUCCUCCGGCCACCGCCUCCCGGCAUUCUUCCCUCCGCCGGCCUGCAUCUCCGCCGGCGCCUUCACCCAGCCGGACUCCCUUCCGCCGCGCGCGGCGCCGUCUCCCUCCCAGUGCGCCGUUCCGCCUCCUGCCGUGCCGACCCGCGCCUCCCGCGUGCGCCAAGCUACCGCAUCGCCAGCCCACGCCACUGGCACACACUACCAGGCCGAGCUCCGUCGGUCUCGCCACCGCUCCGCUCGGCCGUGCGCAAACUCCGGCACAGCUGCACCGCGCAUCCCGUCACGCCACUGAACCUCCGCUGA